CCCUUAGAGAUGAGAUUUAUUCUUUGCUACAUAAAUUAUUAAAACUGCUUCAUUUUCUUCUGCAUAUUUUAUGAAAACUGUACUAAAUACCUAAAGCAUCAUGGUGUUUUAGAGAUGUGCCCAUAAAAUAGAGAAAACAUUGCUUUUCCCAGCUUCAGUAAAAGUGAAGUGGCAUCUGCUAGCCCUUUUCGUGCAGAAAAAUAAUGCUGUAAGUGUUCUACUGGGAAAUCUCUUGUGAAAUUCCAGCAGAAGUUGAAAUUUUAAAAAGAGGUAGGAUCUGAUUCUAAUAGUGUCAGUCAGAUGUAUUGGUGUGAAAAUGUAUUUUUGGAUAUUUUCUGCCACGCAAACUGACAGUAGAGCUUUUGUUUUAUGGGAGCUAAAAUUUUGCAUCGGUUGUUGGGAUGUUGGACCUCCAGAGUCUGAACUUGCACCAACUAGUCCAGCCUAUCAUUCUGAAACAACGUACCAGGCUUUAGUAAGAACUUCAAUAUAUAAUUCCAUUAAUCGUGUCCGCUGUUCUGUGUAUGUGUUUAAAAACAUUUCAGCAACUUGUAGAAACAGUGUCUUGUGGAGGAAACCUCCUGAUGAAUAUCGGGCCCACUCACGAUGGCCGCAUCGCUGCUAUCUUUGAGGAACGCCUGAGGCAAAUGGGUGCUUGGCUGAAAGUCAAUGGAGAAGCCAUCUAUGGAACGAAACCGUGGAGAGCACAGAAUGACACGGUCACACCACAAGUGUGGUACACGUUCAAACCAAAGGAAGGCAAAGUUAAUGCCAUCUUCCUUAACUGGCCAAACUCUGGGAUUCUGGAACUUGGUGAGCCACAGGCAAGGCUUGCAGAAACACAGGUGAAGUUGGUUGGCUACAAGGAACCACUGAAAUGGGUUGCAAUGGGAGAAAAGGGAAUUGUAGUAGCUCUACCUCAGUUAACUCUGAAGCAAUUGCCAUGUCAGUGGGGCUGGACCUUGCAACUGACUGAUGUAAACUGAGCCAUACACUGGAGCCUUGGGUAGUACAGAAGUUACGCUGUUGGUGGUUUUUUUUUCUGCCCAGUUUCUCAUCAUUGGCUUUGAACUACUGCUCGACUGAGAAUCAUCUACUUUUUUUUUUUUUGUGAAAGACAGUUUUACAAGAUGGAAUUAAAUGAACCUCAUACAAAAUCUAAUUACUUGCCUAUCUGUUGUACCGUUAGUUUCUCUGAGCUUGUGUGAAUAACUGAGCCUUUACUUUGACCUCUUCACUUUUUUUAGUCUGUUUCUUGGCAGUCAUGUGAAAAGGGGCAGUAGAUAUUUUUUUUUAAAGCCCUGAGAAAGAACAGUGCUAGCCCAAGCUCAUGUUCAGCAGGUCAGACAACUGUGCAUAAAAGUUGUAUACUUUCAGUGCAAGAAAACCAACAGUUUUGUGGAAAUAUUGUAACAGAAGAAAAAUAAUGCAUAUAUAUAUAUAAGCCUUAAAAGAAUGAACUUUCCAGUUGUGUGCUACAGCUGGUAGCUUCAGCUGAGAUGGAUACUGCAUCUGCAAGAAUAAUCUCAUAACAACUAGCAAUUAAUCAUGAAUGCAUGGAGGCAAUGCACAUAUACAUUUUAAUCUCUAAUGAUGAGAUAAUGAGAAUCACUAACAGAACUAUUUUGAGUAAUUGUGUCCACAGGGUCUGAGAAUUUGCUUUUUUUCUAUGUUUUGUAUCAUGUCAUAAACUUAAGGCUGGCUCUUGUUUACAUCUAUUAUUUUUACAGUUACCAGGGUGCCUUCUGUGGCCUAUGGACUAUUAACAACAACAAAAACCAUAUUUCAGCAACUUUUUUUUUAAACAUUUGUUGCUAGGGCUCCUCAGCUUUGGCAAGAAGACAACAUUUUAAGCAUGAGUUGGAUUGUGUCCAAUUUGAAAAAUUCCCAAACUCAUCACAUAUCAGGACUAAUAAUGGUAGGCCUGCAUGUGAGAUCUGCAUAGAACAGAAGACGAAAGACAACAGUGUAGAAACUCAAGGCUUGAGUAAUCUUAAUAAAUGCAAAACUAUUACUCAGUAA